CGAAGAACCAAUGCGCAUUCUGGUUUCGUUUUAGUCUUCCUGACGCUUUCAGUCAUUUCAGUACACGAAGUCAUACGUAGUCGAACAGAAUUCAUCAACUCCCCAAGUGUUUAUUUUGAAAAUUUUUUUAAAUGAUAUUAUAUUGGAUGAUAUAACACAAGUGACAUGUUAUUAAAUUUAAAAAUGCUGUGAACAAAGUAAAGUUUUAAUAAAAACUAUAUUUGGAUUGUUGGGGUUGACAAUAAAAGGUUUAUGUAUGGCAUUACCCUAUGGAUAGUAACAUGUCAGCAGCGGCCUUUAUGCACCGGUCGGGUGGCUCCUCCAGUACUUCAAGCACUGGAACAGGGUCAUCAGCCGGUGGCCCAGGAAACGGAAGCACAGGAGGUGCUAGAAUGGCUGUAAUUGGGGUAACUCGAAAUGUAAGACUGAGAAGACGAGGAGCUUCCGGCUUUGGGUUUUCACUUCGUGGAGGACGAGAGUACGCUGCUGGUUUUUACGUCAGUGAUGUUCAACCUGGCGGUGAAGCUCAUCGCAAUGGCCUCAGAGUUGGUGACCAAAUAAUUCGAGUGAAUGGUUAUCCAGUGGAAGAUGCUGUUCAUCAUGAAGUUGCGCUUUUGGCUAAAAACCAACAAGUUUUAGUUUUAAAAAUACGAAGCGUUGGUAUGAUACCUGUUAAAGAUAAUCCAAAUGAUCCUGUAACGUGGCACAUGGUUCAGCAACAACAACAACAACAACAGCAGCAGCAGCAGCAGCAGCAGCAACAGCAUCAACAACAGCAACAACAUCAUCAUCAACAGUACCAACAACAAAUUCAAUACAACGAAUCAAAUCCAAUUCCCUACAACGAAGUACGUGUUAGAGUUAUGGUAGGUGAAAAAGGUAGACUAGGUUGUGGCGUUUGUCGUGGAUUAGUUCCAGGCUUAACUGUUCAGGGAACAAGAGAAGGUGGACCAGCGAGGGCUGCUGGUUUAAAAGCCGGUGAUGUAAUAACCUGGUGCAAUGGUCAAAGGCUAACAGAUCUCCCAUUUGAGAGAGCCAUCGAAAUAAUGCGAGGUGCUGCUAUCUUGGAUCUUAUAUUAAACCGUCCAAUACCACCCAGCAGCAACAGUCUCUACGAUUGUCCUGAAACUCUUUGGAUGCGCGGCUCCAGCGGUUACGACUCUGAGUCAUCGAGCUUGUUAACGGCAAGUCCGUCACCUCCAGCUCACCAAAAUCCACCCUCACCUCAGCAUCAUCAUCAUCAUCAUCACAACGUUCAUUCUCAAUCACGUUAUACACGAGAACGUGAUGAUCCUUGUAAUAAUCGCAACGGCAGAGCUUGCUGUCCUUUGGCAUUGUCAACAAGCAGUGGUUCGUCUUCUGAGUGGAGUCAUUCAAGUGAUCAGAGUCCGGAGUGGACACGUAGACCAAAUAACACGACUGUUAUACGAGUUAACCAGAAUAAUCAUCUAAAUAAUCAAAACCAGUAUCGUUCUAAUGCCAGUGGUGGUGUUGGUGGUGUUGGUGAUGGAGGAACAUCAUCCUCAUCUAUGGUUCAUCCAACAAACAACACAAAUCAUGUAAAUUAUGGUCUACGUAGUGAGACCGGAAAUGAGCCACUUUACGAUCCUGUACCGCCGCGGGAUUACGAGAGCCAUGAUUUUGAUGCCAAUCCGGUUGAAGAAAGAAAUCGGAGAUUGUUGUACGAGAAAGAGAGCAUUGAUCUUUAUGAUCCACCUGCUUCUGAAGAUAAUCAUCAUCAUCAUCAUCAUUAUAAUAAUUCUAAUGGCCAUUCAAAUGUUAUUCAACGACACGGUGAAAUAGAGAGACAGACUGUUACUACGGUUGAAGUACAUCAAAAUUGUGGACCACCUGCUCCGCCUUGUCCACCUCCAAUGUCUUAUAAAUGGCAAUCAGAAGCUAAACCAAUGAUAAGUAUGGGAAAACAAAUGGGAAGUACGAUGUCUAUGGGGAGCACUGGCUCUACAGAGACUGAAUCUAGUUUAGAAUCUUGCGGAAAAGAUUCAGCUUCAACUUCAUCGUCUCUGUCCACGUCAUCUUGUGAUCCUGCGUCUACUAUAACUUCAGGAUCUACGAAUACAUUGUCAACCGGGACAAUAAAAUCCCCAGAAGCUCCAGUAUUUAAUCGCUUUGCUGCCGUAUCUAAUUCUAAUCCCAAUACUAAUAAUUCUGCUACAGUACGUCCAAGUCCUCCCGUAUCAAGUACUGACCUAAGUACUGCCAUAGCUCAAGAAUUCCAGCGACGUGCUCAACAGAGAAGUUUAAACGCUGCCAAAGGUGAAAUGAACAAAGUGGAAAAACCAUUGUUUGAAUCUAAAAAAUCACAAAUUCCUCCGGAGAAUAAAGUUACACAUGACAAGUUAAUGGAAGAAUUUAAACGUGCCCAUAAAAAAAUGUUUAAUGGCAAUCAACAAAAAGUACAAUUUUCAGAUCAACUUUCUGAAAAAGAGCAGGAGAAAAGAGUAGCAAAUGAUAGUCCUGCUAUAAAGGGAGGUGGUAC